UAACAUUUAUGGUUUGCUUCUUGAAAGUUCUCGUUUGGUGUUUGUUUUUUUUUUUUGGUAUGCCUUCCUUGACAGUUCUGAUGUAGUCCCAUGUAUUUAUGGUCCCGAUAUGCGUUUGGGAACUUGUGACAUGUUUUAUGAGAUUUUUUUGUAUGCUUCGGAACCGUGAAAAUUAUUAAUUUAUAAUAUAUUAAUAAUUAAUAAUUUAAAGAGGUUUUGCUUAUGUUUGAGUAUCCAGGUGAAAAUGAUGAAUGUAUUGCGGCGCAAACGUUAUAAGAAAUUGUGACUGAUGUCAUUGGGAGUUUAAUUGAGGAUGAAGGAGAUGACGAUUCAAAUGCCUAUGAGACCGGUCACGCAAAAGGAAGCACUUAAAGCCGCAUUGACUCUUUCAAUUACUCAUCCAAUUCCAAACCAUCCUUAGUAGGCUUGGUACUUAGUAUGGAAAGUACCAUCAGAGUGUGACAACCAAAAUCGUCAUUGAGGCAUUAACUCGAUGAUGCAGAGCUUCGAGUCAAGUCAACUACUGAUCUUUGUCCUAAAAAAAGUCAACUAUUAAUGAGGGCGAGGAUUGUGGUAGGAAAAUGAAAUUGAAACCCUCAUCAGUAGCUUACCAGGAACCCCAACUCCUAAGCGUUUUGCUUCUUGCAUAACUCUUUUUUCUUUCUAUUUCCUGUUCUAGUUGCUCGGUCCAAGUUCUGAUCUUUUAAUUUUGAAACUCGCGCUUUAGCUUCAGUGGCGGGAUUAUGGAGGCCGUCACUUCCAUCGGCGGUGCGGUUCUCUCAGCUUCGUUCCAGGCCCUUUUCGACAAAUUGGGUUCCCCUGACUUGCUCAAGUACUACGCGAGCAGGAGCAAGGUCGUGGUGCGAUUCAAGAAAUGGGAAGCCAUGAUGGUUAAGAUUCAUGCCGUGCUUGAUGAUGCAGAGGAGAAACAGGUGUCAAAUCGACUCGUGAAGAUCUGGGUUCGGGAGCUUCGGGAUUUGGCUUAUGAUCUGGAGGACGUUCUCGACGAAUUCUCAACCGAGGUUAGGAGGCGCAAGAUGCGGGCCGAACCUGCGGCCAAGAAUCCCAUUUGUAAGUUCAUAGGUGAUGUCCCGUUGUGCCUUGCUGACACUGUGAACUUGCGUGGCGCUAAAGUGAAUGCGAAAAUGGUUUCCAAAAUGAAGAGAAUUACUGAGAGGCUGCAAGAGAUCACGGUGCAGAAAGACGAGCUUGAUCUUAGGGAAGGGCGUGGAGGGAAUUGGAAGAGCCAAGAUCUUAUGUGGGAUAGACCUCCCACAACUUGCUUAGUGAAUGAAGCAAAGGUUUACGGGCGUGAGAAAGAUAAAGAUGCUUUAGUUGAGAUGUUGAUGGGUGAUGGACCGAAUACUUAUGAUUCUGAAAUUUGUGUCAUUCCCAUACUUGGAAUGGGUGGGAUUGGUAAGACAACUCUUGCUCAACUCGUCUUUAACGAUGCGAGAUUGGAAUUUGAUCUAAGGACUUGGGUUUCAGUUGGUGAAGAUUUUGAUGUUUUCAAGAUCACAAAGCAAAUUCUGCAGUUGACAAACUGUGACGGGGAGGACUUGAAUUCACUUCAGCUGGCCUUGAAGGAGAAGUUGUCUGGGAAGAAUUUUUUGAUUGUGUUGGAUGACGUUUGGAACGAGAGCUAUGAUAAUUGGACUCUCUUUCUUGGUGCUUUUGAAGGAGGAGAAUCAGGGAGUAGAAUCAUGGUCACCACUCGAAAUGAGAGUGUCUCAGCCAUGGUUGGUACUGCCCCAGCUUAUUGUGUAGGGGAAUUGGUUUAUGAUGAUUGCUUUUCUGUAUUUGCACAACAUGCUUUGGGGGAGAAGAAACUAGAAGCACACACAGAACUAAUGGAAAUCGGCAAACAAAUUGUCAACAAGUGUGGGGGAUUGCCUUUAGCAGCUAAGGCCCUUGGUGGGCUCCUGCGGGGUAGGCUAAAUCUUACCGAGUGGCAAGUUGUGUUAGACAGCAAGAUAUGGAAUUUACCAGAGAAGAAAAAUGGAAUUCUUCCCGCAUUGUGGUUGAGCUACCAGCACUUGCCUCCCCAGCUCAAGAGAUGCUUUGCAUAUUGUGCAGUUUUCCCAAAGGACCAUGAAUUUGACAAGAAAGAACUAGUUUUACUAUGGAUGGCAGAAGGAUUUCUACAUCAUCCAAAUGGAAUGAUAGUAAAGCCCGCACAAAACUUGGGUUAUCAGUACUUUGAUGAGUUACUGUCACGAUCAUUCUUUCAAGUGUCUAAUAGCAGCAGGUCCAAGUACGCUAUGCACGACCUGAUAAGUGAUCUAGCUCAUUCUGUCAGUGGGGACUUGUGCUUCAAUUUGGAUGACAGCACCGGUUGUGUGAAAUCAUAUGCAAAUGUUCGCCAUUCCUCAUUCACCCGUCAUCUUUGUGACAUCUCACAGAGGUUUGAGGUCUUGUAUCAAAUGAAGAAUUUGAGAACAUUCUUGUCAUUGCCAAUUUUUCCAUCACCAUAUCAUCAGUUGACUUUUAGAGUCAUACAUGAUUUGGUGCUAAAACUAAAAUGCUUGCGGGUCCUUUCACUAGCUGGUUACAGUUUAAUGAACCUGCCUGAGUCUAUUGGUGCCCUAAAGCAUUUAAGGUAUCUCAACCUAGCGUACUCUGAAAUUGUGAAACUACCUGAAUCAGUGAGUGAGCUAAUCAACUUGCAGACACUGAUAGUUUCUUGGUGCUUGAAACUUGUCGCCCUACCCUCUGGCAUCAGCAAUCUAGUUAAUCUGGAGUAUCUCGACAUUAUGGGUACUGAUAGCUUGCAGGAGAUGCCACUUAAAAUUGGUAACUUGUCAAAACUUCAUAUCUUGCCAAAGUUUAUAGUAGGGACGGGAAAUGGCCUUGGAAUAAUUGAGUUGGCAAAAUUUUCUCAGCUUGAGGGGCAACUUUGCAUAAAAGGAUUGCAUAAUGUGGUUGAUGCUCGAGGUGCUGAGAUUGCCAAUCUGAAGGAGAAGCAGUUCCUUGAAAAUUUGACAUUGGAGUGGGUUGACAGUUUCCAUGGUCAGCGAGAUGAAAACCAUGAGUUGCUGGUUAUUAACUCACUAAAACCCCAUCAGAAUCUGCAGAAACUUUCUGUCAAAUUUUAUGCUGGUUUGAAAUUCCCAUUGUGGAUGAGUGAUCCCACAUUCAGCAAUAUAGUGGAGUUAGAGAUCCUUGAUUGCCUUAAAAUUGGAUCGCUACCACCAAUAGGUCAGCUACCUUCACUUGCCAUAUUGAGCAUAAAAGGAAUGAACGGAGUUAGAGAAGUUGGUUGUGAGCUUUAUGGUGAUAUUUCUGCUUCAGGAAUGGCUUUUCCCUCGUUGAGAAUCCUACAUAUUGAGAAUAUGUUAGAAUGGAGGCAUUGGUCAUGGCUUGAUGGUCUCCCUGAAGAAGCUGCUAGGGGAUUUCCUUCCUUGUCACAGCUUUCAAUAAUAAAUUGUCCAAAGUUGGCUGGGAAGUUACCUAAAUGUCUCCCUUCCCUUUGGAAACUCAAGGUGUGUCAGUGCCCAUUGCUGAAUAAUUUGCCUCAAUUCCUUCCAUCUCUUCAUGAAUUGAUUGUUGAAGAAUGUCAAGCUAUGCUGCUUGAAAGUGCCCCUGAUCUCAACUACCUCAAAGUCUUGCGGAUUAGUAGAAUUUCAGGCCUCAAGAGUCUCCAAGAAUCCCUAAUGCGAAAAAUGGUGGCACUCGAAGUGCUGGAGAUCAACUCGUGCAAUGACAUGAUAUACUUGAUACAUGAUGGGACUGGUUUUGACAAACUUCAAUAUCUGAAGUAUGUUAAGAUCAAGCAUUGUGGAAUGUUAUUUUCAUUGGUAGAAAGAGAUGAAGGCCUUUUACCUUGCAGUGUAAAAGUAUUGAGGUUAGAACAAUGUCACAACCUGAAGAAGUUACCAGAUGGAUUAAGCAGCCUCACCACUCUCAGGACUUUGAAUGUCGAUGGUUGUCCUAAUCUCAAGGGGUUUCCUGCUACUGGUUUGCCAGUCAGCAUCGAAUGUUUAUGGAUUAGAGAUUGUAAGUCACUAGAGUCUGUGCCUGAAGGACUUUUUCAUUAUGGCAAUGACAGAAUGAAGAUGCCACAUUUGAAAAUUUUGCACAUAAGAAACUGCCCGUCUCUGAAGGCCUCUGAAACUGGUGAGCUACCUGUUUCUCUGAAGACCAUUUACAGCAGUCACUUCACAUCACAGUCGCUAGAUUCACUGGACAACCAGUUUGGCCAUCUCACUUUCUUGGGAAUAGCAGAAUGUCCUCGGCUACAGAGGUUCCCAGAAGGAGGGUUGUCGGCACCUUUUCUUACAUAUUUAAUAAUCUCAGGUUGCCAGAAUCUGAGUUGUUUACCCGACCAGAUGCAGAACUUGACAUCCAUCCAAUAUUUUGAAAUUCAUGAUUGUGCCAGGGUGGUGUCCUUUCCAGGAGGUGGGUUGCCUCCAAACUUGACUACUCUAAGGGUUAGGAACUGCAAAAAUCUUUCACAGCCCAUAUCCAGUUGGGGACUCCACAGGCUUACAUCUCUCAAAAGACUCAAGCUUGAAGGCACAAGUCCCAGUACAAACAUGGUUACUUUCCCAGACGAGGAUGGUUUGCUGCUUCCUUCUUCCCUGACCAUGCUUUGGAUGCAUAGUUUGAACAACCUGAAACGAAUCUCCAUGGGCUUAAAAAAUCUAAAAGCUCUCGAGAAUAUGUGGAUCUGGAACUGUCCUAAACUCGAGUCCUUGCCAAAGACAGGCCUACCAGACACACUUGGUUUCCUGGAAAUUAAUGCCUGCCCUUUCUUGACGAACAGGCUGCGGAAGGGUUUCCACAAGUCCAGAGUCUCCCAAAUCCCUUGUGUGGUUGUAGAUUCAAUGAUGUUCGAUAAGCCUUUGAACCCUGAAUUCAUGUCACAAUAUCUAGUACAUACCUGGGGUCAUGCCUAGAGCUGCAGCAUCAUUUGUUUCUCUUCACUGAUUUUUUCUUCUUCAUGUUUUGGUCUGUGUUUGGAAACACGGACGAUUUGAUUCCUAUUAACUGGUGAUGUUCUUGAGAUGUUGCGGAGUUCAUUCCAUUGUUCUUGAAAACCAGAAGUGACAAGAGCAGUAGCAAAGUUGUUAACCAUCAAGUUGACUUGCCAUAGAUCAACAAACACCCAUGAUUACAUUUGUUAAUACAAUGAGUUGGUGAAAUUCUAUUGCCAAUGCUGUGACUUGGGAAGAUUGACCUCAUGGUAUCUAUUUUUCCUCAACUUCUUCUGCAUCAAUGCCUCUUGAGAUAAUAUGGAAAUUGCGGAUUUGUGGUGUCAUCUGUCAUACUGAAAUUCUUCAUCUUUAUCUGCAGGUGCUAAAACAUUUGGAAGUGAACAAUUGGAGUGGAGCGAAGAGAACCAGGUCACUCUGCUAAUCAAGAUUGAGGAAUGCAAAGAGUAUAGUUUUGUGGAUUCAGAUAGCGACCCGGAUUAACUGAACUUUCCAUUGCUAGAAUUCAGGCAGAAGCCUGCAAUCGGGCUUUUCUCUGAUUGUCUAGUUGCUGUUGUCGUUGUUGUCUUGUUACCACUGACUAGGGAGUUGGAUGUAGGGUAGAAUCUGUAUGCAGGCUGCAACUACAAGAACGAGUGUGUUUCGCAGUUUGGUUCGCUCAGCUGGUGAUUGCACAGUAGAAAUAAGAUACCCUGACUGCAUAUAAAUGAUGAAGCUGCAUACAGAUUCUGAUGUUCAGGACUAUUGUGCACUCGUAGGUGACACUGAUCAGUGCAUGAUUUGGUUAUUGAACCUCGCAGAUAGAUCCACGCUGAUGAACCUGUAACUCUUUCAAGUGGCAAUACACUUCUAUAAUUAUGUGUCUCCGUGAAUCAGAAAAAGCACAUCACUCUUGCAAUACACUUCUAUUUUUUGUCUCAAUAAAAAUCAUACAAAGAGAAUAGAGUGGGAAAAACUAUUAUUAAGAAAAUUAUAUCAUGAUU